AUGACAUUGAAGAAGAUCACCAAAAUGACAACAAAAUUACAAAUAUCCUCAGAAUUAAACGACAGCAUCAGUAAUGUUUUAGGGAAAAAUGUGAAAAUACUUUAUAAAUCUUUGAUUCGCAUGGAAUCUCGAGGAGACAAAGUUGAUAACAGAGUUUUGGUGGUCACAUCAUAUAGAGUUUUUAUAACUACAACAAAAGUUCCAACUAGAAUUGACAAUGGAUUUCACUUGAUGGAAAUAGAGGCCUUGGAGAGCAAAAAGGCAAAUCACUUAUCAAUAACGCUUAUUCAUGAGCAUAAGCCUGUAUCUAUUCUUAUUGGUGAGGAAGGCUCGCCCGAUGGUGUUAUAAAUGCAAUACACGCACUCACAGCGGCGUUUGACGACUUAUUUCCAAAUGUGGCAAUGGAAGACAUUAUAUCCAAGGUUAAUUUGCCAUUUCCGUUGCAACCGGUGAGUGGUACUCGGAAACAUUCCACUUGUGGUGACUUUUCUAAUCAAUACGCAGCCAUGUGUGACCUAUGCCAGACACCUUUUAGAGCCGAAGUCGCAUGGGAUAUAGAUACGAUAUAUUUGGCACACGACAUACGAUUGUUACAUCUGAAAGAUUUCGAUCAUUUAGACCAAAGAGAUUUAAUACCACUACUAAUAGCGUUGCAACACAACACAUGGUUUACUGGAGUGUGUGGGGAUGGUGUAAGGGUGGGGAGCGAGACGUGGGAGGCCUUAUCCCGUGUCUUGAGAUGUGCAGCGCCCCCACCCCAGCAGCUUAGCUGGAGGGGCGCCACGUUAAGGCACGAUCAUGCAGCACGGCUGGGGCACGCCCUAGCGAGGGCUAAGACGCCCCCCGCUAUGCAUACGAUUGACCUGUCGCAGAAUCAUAUUGAAGAUAAAGGUGCAAUAAGUGUUUUAACAGGACUAGCGAACAAUCCAGACGGGAUACGUCACAUAGCAUUAUCCCAAUGCGGUGUCACGGGCAAGAGCGUUGCCCAUCUUGCUCAACUGCUCAAUGACAACCCUUGCCAUCUGAAUACGCUGUCUCAUCUUGAUCUCUCCCAUAACAACCUUAAAGAUGAUGUUCAUCAUCUCUACAACUUCUUGGCUCAACCAAACGUAUUGACACAUUUGAACUUAGUCAAUACGGAAACCACUCUAGAAAAUAUGUGGGGUGCUCUAUUGCGCGGUUGCGCGGCGAGGCUUUCAUCCUUGUACGUAGGGCGAAAUCCCUGGGCGGCGGGGCGAAGGCCCAGAGACCCGCCGCCUUCUUUUAGACAAUUUUUCACAGCUUGUCUCGCUUUGACGGAUCUCGAUUUUUCAUAUUGCAAAAUGCCUCCCGAUGCUUUGAAGAGCCUCUUAUUAGGCCUCGCAUGCAACGAAAGCGCAGCGGGCGUAAAACUAAAUGUGUCUGGCGCACUCGCGUCGUCACAAGCCGCGCACGUACUUGAGUCGUGUAUACACGGCGUACGGUGUCUUCGUUCGCUUGACCUGUCUGAUAAUAGUAUGGAGUUUGAACUAUCAGGCAUAGUGAGAGCUAUUGGCAAAAAUCAUUCCAUAACACAUUUAUCAUUAAGUAAGCUUACGGGAAAACGGUCGUACGCGCCACCUCUAAUACAGGCUUUAGUACACGUUCUACAGGAACCGGACACAGCUUUAACAUCCUUAGAUCUCAGUGAUUGUAAACUUAAGGGGGAUUUAUAUGGACUUCUGAAUGCUUUGGGCGGGGCUAGACGACUUCGUACGUUAGACGUUUGUGGAAACUUAGCUGGCGACGCGGGAGCUAGGCUAUUGGCCAAAGCUCUGCAGUGCAAUUGUACGCUACACACGCUGUAUAUAGAUAGAAACGCGUUUAGUUUACAGGGAUUAACGGAUAUAGCAACAGCGUUACGUCGUUCUGUGAGCGUUCGUCGCGUUGAGUUUCCCGCGAGUGACGCAGCGGCCGGCGGACGUGGCGCUAGUGAGCGCGUCGCCGCUUUAUGGAGGGAUUUGCACGAACGGCUCUCAAGCAACACGACAGCCUCUCAAACACACCGUUUACGCGCGUUAGCCUUAGAGCGCGCGUGGUGCGGGGGUGAAGCGGCAGCUGCUUUGGCGGCGGCUGCGGCGGGCGCUUUGCCCCCCGCCCCCCUUCCCCAGGCAGUGGAGAGGGCGGCUGCGGCUGCUCAUCAUAUGCUGCAUCAGUAUCUUCAGCGUUGCGGCGAAGUGUUCGCGGCAAUGGGUGGAUCGGGUUGUGCGAGCGAGCUCGUGUCUUUACAAGCUGUAAGAGAUGCGAUCGCCCCUUCUUCUAAUACCCUACAAGAUUUGCUCAAUGAGGCAGUAGAGAACCUUGCCUUAGCUGCGUGCGAGAGCGUGGAAAGUGCCGACAGCGAACACGCGCACGCUGACCCCGACAUACCGGACUUACUCACGCCUAUUUCGCAUUCUGGGGCCACACCCCUCGGAUGUCGUCGGCGAGAGCGCGGUGGUCGACGCGUGCGUCCCAAGUCCGUGGCGGAACAACAGUGCAGUAGCAAUGAGAUGCUAUCUCUGCCACCCUUGCACGCUGAAGCAGCCGAUGCACUCGCCGAUCUACCUGCGCAUACGCUGAGGCAUCUUGUAAAAGGACGACCAAGACGAGUUAAAACCAGAGCACCCACACGACCAAUAACAGACCAAUCACAAGAUAUUGAUGAAGGACUAGAGGAAUUCUGGCGUACAUGCCGUACGCCGCCCGGUAGUGAGGACGUAUCAUCGAUGUCUGCCCGUACGGCGCUGACGUCACGCUCUCUACACUCGUUGUCUUCGCUUGCCUCUGCCUCGCCCGCCUCGCUUGCCUCGCCUUCCGCCCACAGGCACUCGCCUACGUUACGGGAUGAUACUAUGUACAGUGGUACGUCUGGUGAAAGCACACCUGUAUUACUAGAAUGCGAGGUAUCACGCUGUAAAUCAUCAGAUAACGUCGGAAUUAAGCCGAGUGCGUCCACGCCGCCGCCUUCGAGAUCCUCUGAUGACGUCAACGCUAUGGGCAACGGGUGCGCCCGCGCAACUGGCAAAGCGCGGCCUUGGUCCGUGGCAGGCGUCAACGCGGACAACGCCGCCUGCACCACAGAGGGCGUGGAGGCGUGCGUCGGCGGGAGCAUCGUGGGCAUCACGCCGGGCGCCGCACUAACCAGUUCAAUGCUGCGAGAUCAUCCACUCACACCAGGUAAGAAGGCGAUGCCUGAGAUUAAGCUUAUAAUGCGCAGGAUUGUUCAAGCAGGGUUCGGUACGCAAAGUAUUGAUGCUCACUGA